ACCGGGAAGACUUAGUCAGCUAAUAAUACACGCCUUCAUCGUGACGUUCAGCAUUAAUUGCGCUUGCAGGACGCGACGAACAUGGAACCCACGAGCCAACUUGGCGCCAGUACUUCGCUUCCUCAACUAAACAACUUGAAAGGCCCGCAACUUCUCUCAGGCUCAGGCAGUUUCCAGAGCUACUUGUCUUCAGCUGGUUCAUAUCACCGUCACGCUAAAGGGGCAGGUGUCCAUCUUGAGAACCAAUAUUCAGUUCAUAUCGACAAAAACCAAUCACCCCACCUUCAGAGCAUAGUAGAAGCUUCUUCCCAUUCAGGACCGUUUUCUGGCGUUGUGCGAUUCAUAACCAACUUUCCUGGAUUCGCGCUCGAGGACCUACACCGCUUCCGCUAUGGACACCUAGGAAGGCUGCGGAUCUUAUUGCUUCUGUACUGCUGCGUGAGCGUUACCUUCCUCUCUUUCAAAAUGCAUAGCGCCUUGCGAGGGGUUGUCGCAGCAGGCCGCCCGCACAUAGGUCAUGUCCCAAACACAAUGUACCGUGUCUCCCCUCUUUCAAAUAUGUCAGUUCAGCAGCGAAUGUCUAUUGCGUUUCCUAAUAUUCCGCCACCUGGUCAUCUGGAGACCUUCACCCUGGCUACUCAUUCGUCAGUGGACAGUGACCUCACCGCUUGCCUGUGGACCGAGGAAGACAAGCUGCGCGACAUACUUACCACACUCACGACUUGGCCGGGACCCGUGUCCCUGGUCGUUGUAACCUCUGCACGGUCGGAUUCCACGGACCAUCUAACCACCUUCAAAAGGUUUCCAGAAUUUAUGGGCCUCCUCGAUACGCAUGCCUCAUUCGGUCUGUCGUUCCACGUACUCCAAGUCUCAUCCUCUUCUGGAGGGUCGGCCAAUGCUUAUUUGAAUGUUGCUCGUCUCUUGGCGCCCACUGAUCGAGUUGUCCUGUUCCCGAAUGGUUUGCCUUCGCACCUCUCGAAUAAUUUGUACAGCUCCAUCAUUCGGUCGACGUCUCCGCUGCCUCUUGUACUGGGUAACAAUAGCCGUAGGACAUAUCCAUUCGCCCCGAUGUCCCCUGUUAUUCUUCCCAAGGAUUAUCCCACGUGGUGUACCGAGCGUUUCUCUCUUUUCCGAUCUCGAUCACUGGACUGGGAAGACUGUCUCUGGCAGCUGUGGCUCGAAAGCGCUGGCUCGGUCAAGUCUACGGCGGUGGAUGGCUGGCUAGGGGAGGAAACUGGUAAACCAAGUAUUUCGAAUAACUCCGCCCUAUCCGCAAAGCUAAGACGACGUUGGACUGUCAAAUAUCGUGCAGAAGCCUGUGCUCUCGCCAUGAAAAGAGCACAGAUCUUGGAAAUAACUAGUUAUGCAGACAAGAAGGCGUUCCAAUGGCGCAAGAAAUUUUGUCAUGAGUCUCUGGGUACUUCCCCGGCAAACGCUGCUUAA